GCUUCACCAGUGAUUAUCGAGCUCUACGGUUUCUCGGCCCUCCUUCCCGCCCCCUCACACCCUAGUUGCGCCCCACCGCAGAGGAGUAGCUACUCUCAUUGGCUGUGUUGGAGUUGUCCGUCGCCUCCUCGAAACCUUGGAACGCAAUUCCCGAUUGUCAGAGAGCGGAGGAUCCCUGUUUAAUCGCAGACAUGGCCACCCCACUGACCGACCAGGAAAGGAGGAAGCAGAUCAGCGUGCGCGGCAUCGCGGGGCUCGGGGAUGUGGCCGAGAUCAAGAAGAGCUUCAACAGGCAUCUGCACUUCACCCUGGUCAAGGACCGCAAUGUGGCCACUCCUCGGGACUAUUACUUCGCCCUGGCGCACACGGUGCGCGAUCACCUCGUCGGGCGGUGGAUUCGCACCCAGCAGUAUUACUACGAGAAAGACCCCAAGCGGAUCCACUACCUGUCUCUGGAGUUUUACAUGGGCCGCACCCUGCAGAACACCAUGAUCAAUCUGGGCCUGCAGAACGCCUGCGAUGAAGCCAUCUACCAGCUAGGACUGGAUCUGGAGGAGCUGGAGGACAUUGAGGAGGAUGCCGGAUUGGGCAACGGUGGACUAGGACGUCUAGCGGCUUGUUUCCUGGACUCAAUGGCCACCUUGGGCCUGGCUGCCUAUGGCUACGGAAUCCGGUAUGAAUUCGGCAUCUUCAACCAGAAAAUCUCAAGUGGCUGGCAGGUGGAGGAGGCAGAUGAUUGGCUACGUUAUGGAAACCCCUGGGAGAAGGCCCGCCCCGAGUACAUGCUUCCUGUCCAUUUCUACGGGCGUGUGGAGCACACUAGCAAUGGGGCCAAGUGGGUGGAUACUCAGGUGGUGCUGGCCAUGCCUUAUGACACCCCAGUUCCUGGUUACAAGAACAACACUGUUAACACCAUGAGGCUGUGGUCAGCCAAGGCCCCCAAUGAUUUCAACUUGCAGGAAUUCAACGUGGGGGAUUACAUUCAGGCCGUGCUGGACAGGAACUUGGCAGAGAACAUUUCCAGGGUUCUGUAUCCCAAUGACAACUUUUUUGAGGGGAAGGAACUGCGGCUGAAGCAAGAGUACUUUGUAGUGGCUGCCACCCUGCAGGACAUCAUCCGUCGCUUCAAGUCUUCCAAAUUUGGCUGCCGGGACCCUGUGAGGACCUCCUUUGAGACUUUUCCCGAUAAGGUGGCCAUCCAGCUCAAUGACACCCACCCUGCCUUGGCCAUUCCUGAACUCAUGAGGAUCCUGGUGGAUGUGGAGAAGUUGGACUGGGACAAGGCCUGGGAUGUGACGGUGCAGACGUGUGCGUACACCAACCACACGGUCUUGCCUGAGGCCCUGGAGCGCUGGCCUGUCCACAUGUUCGAGAAGUUGCUGCCACGACACCUGCAGAUUAUCUUCGAGAUCAACCGCCGGCACCUGGAGAGGGUCGCAGCCAUGUACCCGGGCGAGCUCGACAGGUUGCGGCGCAUGUCUUUGAUCGAGGAAUGUGACCCCAAGAGGAUCAACAUGGCCCAUCUGUGUGUGGUGGGCUCUCAUGCCGUCAAUGGUGUUGCCCGCAUUCACUCGGACAUUGUCAAGAACACCGUCUUUAAGGACUUUUACGACAUUGAGCCGGAGAAGUUCCAGAACAAGACCAAUGGGAUAACACCCCGUCGCUGGCUGCUGCUCUGCAACCCGGGCCUGGCCGAUAUCAUUGCCGAGAAAAUUGGAGAGGGCUUCCUGACUGACCUGUCCCAGUUGAAGAAGCUCCUGAACUUCAUCAAUAACGAUGCCUUCAUCCGGGAUGUGGCCAAAGUCAAACAGGAGAAUAAACUGAAGUUUGCAGCCUACUUGGAGAAGGAGUAUCAUGUGAAGAUCAACCCCGAGUCCAUUUUCGACAUCCAGGUGAAGCGGAUCCACGAGUAUAAGAGGCAGCUGCUCAACUGUCUCCACAUCAUCGCCUUUUACAACCGCAUUAAAAAGGACCCCAGCAAGCACUUUGUUCCCAGGACUAUAAUGAUUGGCGGAAAGGCUGCCCCUGGUUAUCACAUGGCCAAGCUGAUAAUCAAGCUUAUCACUUCAGUUGGGCAGGUGGUCAACAAUGACCCUGUGGUGGGCGACAGGCUCAAGGUCAUCUUCUUGGAGAACUACAGGGUCUCCUUGGCAGAAAAAGUGAUCCCAGCAGCCGACCUGUCGGAGCAGAUCUCCACUGCUGGCACCGAGGCCUCGGGUACCGGCAACAUGAAGUUCAUGCUGAACGGAGCGCUCACCAUUGGCACAAUGGAUGGCGCCAACGUGGAGAUGGCCGAGGAGGCUGGAGAAGAGAACCUCUUCAUCUUUGGCAUGAAGGUGGAAGAUGUGGAGGCCUUGGACAAAAAAGGAUACAAUGCUAAGGAGUACUACAAGCGCAAUGCUGAACUGCGCCAGGUGAUCGACCAGAUCGGUAGCGGUUACUUCAACCCCAAGGAGCCGGGGCUCUUCAAAGAUGUGGUUAACAUGCUACUGAACCAUGACCGAUUUAAAGUGUUUGCCGACUACGAAGCCUACAUCAAGUGUCAAGAUAAAGUCAGCGAGCUCUUCAAGAAUCCGAAAGAAUGGACAAAGACGGUGAUUCGCAACAUUGCCGGCUCAGGGAAGUUCUCCAGCGACCGCACCAUCACCGAGUACGCUCGUGAGAUCUGGGGGGUGGAGCCCUCAGAUGUGAAGAUCCCGCCCCCUAACGAACCCCGCCCCUAAGGUGUGGUCCAUCCUAUACCACCCCCCCCUCCUCUGCUUGCCUUUUCCCCAUCAAACACUGUCCCUUCUCAGGCUUGGCCCACAAUCCACUGGGCUUCUGGUUAGUAGAGGGGAGGUGCAACAUUAGGUAAGAGCUGUGUAACUAAUUCCAACACCUGCUGAUUGUAAAGGGGGCCGUGAAACGCCUCCGUCCUUCACUUGUGCCCAACCGCUGUAAGCAGUGAGCCCACCUUUGCAUGGAAUUGAAAGCAGUGUGCUUGUUGUUUUUAAAAUCCACAAGAUCAGUCAUAUUAUUCAGCUCUAGAGCGAACACUUGUAUUAGUACUGAACCUCGCCUAAGUUUCAGUGGUUGUCAAUUUCCUGCUGGGGACCAUUUUUUUUUUUCCCCCUUUAUGUUCUAUUAUGAAAAGGAAGGGAUCAUGUAUUAAUUGACUUCAAACUAUCCAAUAUCACUGAAAAUGGUGUUGAAUGAUUGUGUUUUUCUGUCAUUAGGUUCCUCUGCUAGAGUACAUUUCAUUUCUGGGAACACAGACUAAAAAGGGAGGGCUGUACAGUAUACCAGGGGAAAAGAUCAUGGCAGCACGCUUGGUGUCUUUACAUGGCUCUGUCUGCGUUCAGGUGAGGACUGACUCGCAACGAGCAGCUGUUUUAACCACAAAAGGCCUUAACGUGACGUAGGGGAAUUGAGAAUGUAAUCAGAUUUUCAUAGCCAGUAGGACACUUGCUUUACUUGAAUGCCUCCUAGUUCUAAUGCUGUUAAAAGGACUGUAAACUGAGUGUGUGGACAUGUAUGUUUGUGAGCCUACUUUAGCAUUUUGAGUGUUUUCUUUCACCAUUACAAAGUACUGUAUUGUUUUUACGCUCCGAUUCUCCGCAAUCAUUUUAACAAAAGGAAAAUAAAAACUACCUUGUGUCAAA